GGUUCCGCGCAGCCGGUGAGUUUUAUAGCAACUGUUGCCCGGUGAGGCAACGCCAUAGUCCCCGUAGUCCUGGCGACUGUAACCCACCAACAACAACCUCUCGCUCCAUCAUUACCACCUCCUCCACCAUCCUCAUCUUCAUCAACCAGUCCGCAGCUCAGGCGCCAUGCAGACCCCUGAAGCAGGCGCUGACUCCACCUCCACUGUCCCCCUCCAGACCGCCGUGCCUGUCCAGCCUACCGGCUCCGCCCAGCAGGUGCCUGUUCAGCAGCAGCAGGCGCAGACUGUUCAACAGGUUCAGCAUGUUUACCCAGCACAGGUGCAGUAUGUGGAGGAAAACAGCGGCGUCUACACUAACGGCAACAUAAGAACCUACACAUACUCGGAGCCGCAGCUCUACAGCCAGAACAGCGGAGGGAGCUACUUUGACACGCAGGGCAGCUCGUCGCAAGUGUCCACUGUGGUGACGUCUCAUGGCAUGACCAACAACGGAGGGGGGAGCGCUGGAGGGAUGAGCAUGGGUAUGGCAGGUGGUCAGGUAAUCAGCAGCAGCUCCGGGGCUUACCUGAUGGAUAACGCUGGACCCCAUCCUGCCACCCAGACCGCACGGGCGUCUCCAGCCACCAUUGAAAUGGCGAUUGAGACGCUCCAAAAAUCUGAGGGUUUAUCCAGUCAGAGAAGCUCGCUGCUCAACAGCCAUCUCCAGUGGCUGCUGGACAAUUACGAGACAGCAGAGGGAGUAAGUCUACCACGAUCCACCCUCUACAAUCAUUACCUGCGGCACUGCCAGGAGCAGAAACUGGACCCCGUAAACGCCGCAUCUUUCGGCAAACUCAUCCGCUCCAUCUUCAUGGGACUCCGUACGAGGCGCCUCGGGACAAGAGGGAACUCGAAAUAUCACUACUACGGUAUCCGUGUGAAACCAGAUUCCCCGCUCAACCGACUUCAAGAAGACAUGCAGUACAUGGCGCUCAGGCAGCAGCCCGUUCAGCAGAAACAGAGGUUCAAGCCGGUGCAGAAGUUCGACGGCGGCUCCGCGGACAAUUACACAAGCGGGGGGCAGCACCAUCCUGGAGCCGCAGAGCAGACAGUCAUUGCACAGAGCCAGCACCACCAGCAGUUCCUAGAUGCAUCGCGAGCACUCCCUGACUUUGUAGAGCUGGACCUGGGACACAGCAACAUGGAGAACAUCAGUCCGGAGGAUGUGAAAGCGCUCCAGUCCCUUUACAGAGAGCACUGUGAGGCUAUCUUGGAUGUUGUUGUCAACCUCCAGUUCAGUCUGAUUGAGAAGCUGUGGCAGACGUUCUGGCGUUAUUCUCCUCCUGACACAGUAGAGGGCGCCACCAUAACAGAGAACAGCAUCAGCGAGAUUGAAGCGCGGCUCCCUCGAGCGCAGCUUCUGGCGCUGUGCAGGAACGAGGCCGUCCUGAAGUGGAUGAGCACCUGUGACCAUUUGAUGUACCAGGCCCUCGUGGAGAUCCUUAUCCCUGAUGUCCUGAGACCCAUUCCCAGUGCCUUGACUCAAGCCAUUCGCAACUUUGCCAAAAGCCUGGAAGGCUGGCUUAGUAAUGCCAUGAAUGCCAUUCCGCAGAGAAUGAUCCAGACCAAGAUUGCCGCUGUUAGUGCCUUUGCGCAGACCUUGCGCAGAUAUACAUCGUUGAACCACCUGGCUCAGGCGGCACGGGCCGUGUUGCAGAACACGUCCCAAAUCAACCAGAUGCUGAGCGAUCUCAACCGCGUGGACUUUGCAAACGUACAGGAGCAGGCGUCCUGGGUGUGCCAGUGUGAGGAGGGCGUGGUCCAGCACUUGGAGCAGGACUUCAAGGCCACCCUGCAGCAGCAGAGCUCCCUGGAGCAAUGGGCAGCCUGGCUGGACAACGUGGUUACCCAGGUGCUCAAGCCUUACGAGCACCGGCCCAGCUUCCCCAGGGCAGCGCGCCAGUUCCUGCUGAAGUGGUCCUUCUACAGUUCUAUGGUGAUCAGAGACCUGACCCUGCGUAGUGCUGCCAGCUUUGGUUCCUUCCACCUGAUUCGCCUGCUGUAUGACGAGUACAUGUUUUACCUUGUGGAACACCGGGUGGCUCAGGCUACUGGAGAAACACCAAUUGGAGUAAUGGGCGAGUUUGACAACCUUCACACCUUAUCUCUUGCUAGCAUUGAUAAAGAUGAAACCAGCGGGAUGGACAGUGACUUAGAAGAAGACACGGAGGAGUCCGGGGAACCUCUCCCCAAGCGGGAGAAGCCCGAGCAUGAGGUAAUCCAGGUGAUCCAGGUGGGGGCACUGGAGGACGGGUCCCACCCUGUGGUGGGCGUCGUCCAGCCGAGCGUUCUCCACUCACUGCCGCAGUCCCUGCAGGACCACAGCGAACACAUCUUAGCGCCCUCCGCUGGGACUCCCACCAUCCGCCACUGCAGCGCCACAGGCAACACGUACGCCUCCGUUUGAGGGUCCGAGGGGCACGGCUCACCUUGUCUGCCUAGUUUUCCCCGUCUCACUCUUCACGUCUCUCUCUCUCUCGUUUCCGUCUAGAUGUCUGCAUCUUUUUUUUUUUUUUUUACAUGCAUUGUCUCUGUUUGCGCUCUAUCCCAGCGUAGUGGGUGGAGGAGCGACCCUCUGGCCAGGAUGUGCUCUGUCCUUGUCUGUUUGGAUUCUGGAUGUGUAGUCACCUUGUUCAGUCUGAGGAAGGGAACCCGGAGGAAAAAGGGACUCGAGUGCGCCGUUAAACGUUUCCUCUUCAGACACGACUUAACGCUUCUGUCUGUGUACACUGACGGGUUUUAUUCCUUCAAAACUGCUGAUGUCUCAGAGCUCAAAUCCACGUCGCUAGUCCCAGUAGAGCAAAAAUGCAUCGACUCAUUCAAAAAAAAAAAAAAAAAGCAGAAAAAAAAAAAACUCCACCUGUUGUAUAUAGUUUUGCUUGUCUUUUGGAUUGAGAUUACUCCAAACUCAUGGUGCUAUCAUUGUGGUUUGUUUUCAUGGAAUUUCUUUGUCCUUUCUGAUCUCUGUCAACAUGCUGAUAGACUUCUGAUGGAACGGGAUGUUUCCGAGUAUUGUAUGUAGCUAGAAAACAAAAGGGGUCAGUUUACGUGCAUCGCAGAAACGAUGGGGAAACUUCGGUUUGACAGUUAUACGGUAGCCACUUGCACAGAAACACUUGCAUCUCUUAGCGAUAUGAAGAAGAAGAAAAAAAAAAAAGUACCUGUACUGCUGCUUUUGUGUAUAAAGACGAUAUUGGGGAUGAAACUUAAAAAAAAAAAAUGCUUUUUUUUUUGUGUUUCGUUUUUUUCCAAAUGCACAGCGUGCAUAAUGCUUGCCUAUUAGAUGCUUCGUAAUGUGGUUUUACGUGACGCAGUCUCGAAAGUAACUCGGCGGCCAUCUUCCCCUGUUUUUGCAGUUAAGUUCGCAGUGGACCAAAAAAAAGACAAGCACCAGAGGAAGAUAUAAGCGCGAGCCUCCUUAUGCCACACGGAUGCUGUUCCCUGUCCCGCAGUGCCAUGUCGCGACGCAGAAUAAAAAAAAAAAAAAAAAA